AUGGCCGCCGCUGCGCCCGCGCCCAACCGGCCGAUUAAGAUCCUAAUGCUGCACGGCUACACACAAUCCGGACCCUUAUUCCAAGCCAAAACAGGCGCUCUCCGCAAGACCCUAAACAAAGCCUUCCCCAAAGGCAUCGAGCUCGUCUACCCCACCGCCCCGAUCCGCCUCACCCCCACCGACUUUUCCCUCAUCACCGGCGCCGUCACCGACCGCACCUCCGCCCCGGACGCCGACGAAGAACUCGACGCCUGGGCCUGGUGGCGCAAGCGCCCCAGCAAUGACAUCUACCAUUUUGACGGCCUAGACGAGGGUCUCGGGCAUAUCGCUGCCAUCUUAAAAGAACAAGGGCCGUUCGACGGCGUCAUUGGAUUUUCCCAGGGCGCAGCUGCAACAGCCAUGGUUGCCUCGCUACUCGAACCAAAGCGCAAGCACGCAUUCGAUGCACAGCACGCUGCUGGCACUGGAAUACCCUUUCCCGCCUCCUUUGACGGAAACAUCCAUCCCCCGCUCAAAUUCGCAGUCUCAUACAGCGGCUUCGCCGCCUUUCCACUACCCAUGCAAAAUGGCAACACGUUGACGUCCCCGUACAUGGCGUUUUACGACCCGGAGAUUGAGACCCCCAUGCUGCAUUUUUUGGGCACCCAGGAUGUCGUGAUUGAGGAGGCGAGGAGUCUGGCGCUGGUGCAGCGGUGUAAGAGGAAAGAGGACAAGUACGUCGUGUAUCACCCUGGAGGCCAUUUUUUGCCGAGUACGCAGAAGGCGAGUGUGAAUGCGUUGGUGGGGUUUAUUAGGGAGGUGCUUUGGGAGCAGGAGGCCAAGUUGCAUCUUUGA